UCUACAGCACUCUCUCUGUGUAUCCAUAGCCGGCGUGCUUUGCAAUCAAACCACCGAUUUUAGUGAUAUUAUCACCACAUCGUGUCCACAACCGCUCACGAGAGGCACCUGUUUGUCACCAGCGGACAGACGCGCACCCAUUGUGGCUAUAGUUUGCACUCUUUGCGAGCAUACAAGACAUUUGAUACAUUGAUCGGCAGACAUGUCAUCGACAGCGACGACCAAUUCCGGGCCCACGCCGUCGAAGAAGUUGAAGACCGGCGAUGAGGUGGACAACGGAGAGGUGAAGACGACGAACAACAACAACAACGCCGCCAACCGAUUGGACUCCAGCGGCGGUGCCGACUCUCUGGAGGACGAGUCCCGUGACUACGAUCCCGAGACCCAGAAGACGUUGGAGGAGAUCGACGCCACGCAGAAUGAGAUCGAUUCGCUCAACGAGAAGGCCUCCGAAGAGAUCCUCAAAGUCGAGCAGAAGUACAAUAAACUCCGCAAACCGUUCUUCGAGAAGCGCAACGAGUUGAUCGCCAAGAUUCCCAACUUCUGGGUCACCGCUUUUGUAAAUCACCCGCAAAUCUCCGCUAUUCUCGAUGAGGACGAGGAGGAGUGUCUGCACUUCCUGUCGAAGUUGGAAGUGGAGGAGUUCGAGGACAUCAAGAGUGGCUAUAGAAUCAAAUUCUAUUUCGAUGAGAACCCGUACUUCGAAAACGAUCUCUUGGAGAAGGAAUUCCAUUUAGGGGCCGGAGGAGAUCCGGCGUCGAAGUCGACGCAAAUCAAAUGGCGAGAGGGCUCCGACCUGUCGAAGCGACUGCAGGACCAGCAGAACGCGUACAACAAGAACGAGUCGGACUCGAAGACGUCGCGGAAGCGUCAGCUGGAGUUCCCGCGAACCUUCUUCACGUGGUUCACAGAUCACGGCGACGCCAGCGCU